GACAGGCAGCUCCAGAAGCCAGACAGCCCAAGGACAGCCCAGCCGGGUCUGGACAUGCUGCUGCUGCUGCUGCCGCUGCUGCCCCUGCUGUGGGCAGGGUCCCCGCAGAAGGAUCCAGAGUACCAGCUGCAGGUGCAGGACUCGGUGACGGUGCAGGCGGGUCUGUGCGUGCACGUGCCCUGCAAGGUGUCCUACCCUCGGGCGGGCUGGAACGACUCUACCCCAGCGUUCGGCUACUGGUACCAGAAAAGGGAGCCUGGCAAAAGAGAUGUUCUCGUGGCCACAAACAACCAAGGCAAGAAAAUAAAAAGUAAUGUGAAAUCUCCCUCUCCGUUCGACCUCUCCGGGGACCUGGGGGCCGGCAACUGCUCCCUGAGCAUCUCAGCUGCGACGCCCAGAGAUAGUGGAAAGUAUUACUUUCGGCUGGAGAGGGGCCGUGUGAACUACAGCUAUCAGAGCAACCUGCUCACCGUGACCGUGACAGCGCUGACACAGACCCCGGACAUCCACGUCAAGAAGCCGCUGGAGGCCGGUCGCCUGGGUCACCUGGUGUGCUCCCUGCCCGGGGCCUGUGCUCCGCUGCGGCCUGGCACCGUCUCCUGGGUCGGGGCUGAUGCCCUCAGUCUCCAGGCGCAGGGCUCUGCGGCCUUGAGGUACCCAGAGAUCAUGUUCAAGCCCCGCCCGCAGGACCAUGGCACCAACCUCACCUGCCGGGUCACCUUCCCCGGGGCUGAUGUGAGCAGCGAGAGGACCAUCACGCUCAAUGUGUCCUAUGCACCACAGAACCUGGCCAUCCGCGCCUCCCGAGGAAGCCACACAGAGCUGGAACACGUGGGAAACGGCUCGGCUCUCUCGGUCCGGGAAGGGGACUCGCUCCGCCUGCUCUGUGUCGCCGACAGCAACCCUCCCGCCACGCUGAGCUGGGCCCAGGGCAACCGGUCCCUGAGCCCCUCACAGCCCCAGGAGCCCGGGGUCCUGGAGCUGCCCAGGGUGGAGGCGCGGCACCAAGGCAGAUUCACCUGCCGAGCUCAGCACCCGCGGGGCUCCCUGCGCGCCUCCCUGCGUCUCCGCGUGCAGAACCCCCCGCAGCUGCUGGGACCCUCCUGCUCCUGGGAGGACCAGGGUCUGCACUGCAGCUGCUCCUCCAGGGCCCAGCCGGCCCCCUCCCUGCGCUGGAGGCUGGGGGCCGGGCUGCUGGAGGGGAACCAUGGCAACGCCUCCCACGCUGUCAGCUCCAGCUCAGAGGGGCCCUGGACCAACAGCUCCCUGAGCCUCCGCGGGGAACUCACCUCCGGCCUCAGACUCAGCUGCGAGGCCUGGAAUGUGCACGGGGCCCAGAGCGCCUCUGUCCUGCUGCUGCCAGGUCAGGGCCUGCUGGGCGCAGAGGCCACGGAGGAAGGAGUGGGGAAGCCCGCGCUCAGGGAAGCAUUCGUCCUGGGCGCUGUCACGGGAGCUGGUGUGGUUGGGUUGCUCGGUCUCUGCCUCAUCAUCUUCAUAGUGAAGACCCGCAGGAGGGCCUCACCCCGGGCUGCAGCUGGUGAGAAGGAUGCCUCUUCCACGCGGGGUUCCGCCUCCUCCACGCGGGGUUCCGCCUCCUCCACGCGGAGUCCCGCCUCCUCCACGCGGAGUCCCGCCUCCUCCACGCGGAGUCCCGCCUCCUUGGGUUGCCAGCGUGAGCGUCGGCCAGGCAGCCAGCUAGACCACCCGCCCCCAGCUGCGCCCCCCGCUGCCGCCGCCCCCGCUUCCGGGGAGGAGCUGGAGCUCCAUUAUGCCACCCUCAGCUUCCAGGGCCCGAGGCCGGGGGAACGGCCCGACCAGGAGGCCACCUCCAGCACCGAAUAUGCAGAGAUCAAGAUCCGCACCUAACGGGCCCCCAGCUCCAGCGACCCCUGGCUGGAGGGCCCAGGGCUUCUCUGGGAGGGGAGACAUCAGGGACAAUUCCCAAGAACGAGCUGACGACACGGGUGUCCCACUGGUGCCACGAUGGGCAGAACUGGCCUCAAAUUUCAGCCCGUCUCCAACUACGAGCAUGAGUCUGAGCAAGUCACUCUGCUUCUCAGUCUCCCCUCUGUAACACAGACACAGUAACCUAGCUGGACCCUGGCCGAUGUGGCUCACUAGCUGAGCGUGAAUCAGGUGGUCACGGUUCGAUUCCCAGUCAGGGCACAUGCCGGGGUUGUGAGCUCCAUCCCCAGUGUGGGGCGUGUAGGAGGCAGCCG